AUGAAGCCCGUCGUAUCCGCGUUCAACGCAUGGAGCUGCACGGUACUGUCAGUCUUUGCGAUUGUCAUCCUCUCCAUCAUUGGGAGCCUCUUCGCGAGGAAUCACCACAUAAUGAUGGGAAUGGAGGAGGAUCCUGAAGAUAACGCAGCAGUCGCAGCCUCGAUAUUCAUAGCUGUUGCGGUUUAUGCGGUGAGUUGGAUCGCCUAG